AUGGCGGCUCGGCCCGCCCUCACCCUCUACAUUCCCUGUUCCACUCCCGCCCUAUUCCCACCUCCGUCCCGCCCCGUUCCUGCCCCAUUCCCGCCCCGUUCACCGGCCGCCUGUCCCGAGAGCCCCCGCGCUGCGGUCAUGGCGCUGUCCGGGUGGCGCUGGGCGCGCUGCGCCCACGGGCUGCGGCUCGGGGCCUUGCCCCGGCCCGGGCUCUGCGGGACCCGCGGCGUUCGGGGCUCCAACCCCUUCACCCGGCAGCAAGAGGAGGAGUGGCGGCGCCGGAACCGCUCGGCCGUGGGCUACAUCGCGGCGGCGGCCGUGGGCAUGGUGGGGCUGUCGUACGCGGCCGUGCCGCUCUACCGCCUCUAUUGCCAGGCCACGGGGCUCGGCGGGACGGCGGGCACGGGGAGCGACGCGGAGCGGAUCGAGCGCAUGGAGCCCGUGCGGGACCGGCUCAUCAGGGUCACGUUCAACGCCGACACGCACGCCAGCAUCCAGUGGAACUUCAAACCGCAGCAGAGCGAGAUCUACGUGGUACCAGGAGAGACUGCACUGGCAUUUUAUAAGGCAAAAAAUCCUACUGACAAACCAAUAAUUGGAAUCUCCACCUACAAUGUUGUCCCCUUUGAAGCAGGGCAGUAUUUCAAUAAAAUACAAUGUUUUUGUUUUGAAGAGCAGAGGCUAAAUCCUCAGGAGGAAGUGGACAUGCCUGUCUUUUUCUACAUUGACCCAGAGUUUGCAGAGGACCCUAAAAUGGCUAAAGUUGAUUUGAUCACCCUCUCUUACACCUUCUUUGAAGCAAAAGAAGGACAGAAGUUGCCACUUCCUGGCUAUCGGUAAUGGGCCUUCUCUACAAAAUGUAACUUCUGCUACAUCUGAGUGCCAGUUUUGAUACCAUUUUUCCUUGGAAUAAAAAAAUGUAGGUGUACUGUGCAGUAUGAAAUUACAUUGGGCACACACUGUUAUGAAAGUAUAUGUGUAUAUAUAUAUUUUUUUUUGGAAACUAACUUAAUGUAUCCCUGUUUCGUAGGGAUAGUAUUUCUUUAUCAGACAGUGGAAGGGAAGACACUGUUCCUGAAAUAGAGAGGGUUUUCUCAGGCCAUCUUUGUGUAAGAUGUUAUCUGAAAGACCACAAGGCAAAUUUUUAAACCAAUGUGGAAAUUAAAAUCUUCAUUUAAAUAUAGAAGAAAAAUUCACUUGAUUAAGCGUCUAAAAUUCCAUUGCUGGUUCCAGAAAAUAACUUGCAUGUUAAGUUACUUUAUAAAAAGGUAAACCCAAGUAAUAAAUUAAGGUAAUCUCAUAACGAAACAAAGUUAGACUGUUAUUUCUGUGUAACCCUCCCUGGCACAGGAGAUGAUGAUUCAGAACGUGAUGCACCCUCUCAUGUUAUUACUGAAUCAGUAGCUCAUUUGGUAAGAGCAGACUGCUCUAAAACUGUUAUGAGAACAGUAAUUUAAGCUUAAGCACAUCAGAUCUGUGGGAUGGUUUCCAUUUGGAAACACCAUCUUAUUUCUGAGUUGUGUCCCACUCAUUUGAAGUAUCUGUGCUGCUAAUGAGUGCUCUCUGCCUCUGCAGAGGGCUCUACUCUGGGUACAUCCACAAGAGACAAGUUUGGCUUAUGUCUGAUGACAUGCUUUGAGGGGAGGGCAGUGUAUAAACUGCUCUGAAUAGCAGCUGAAUGAACAGCAUAGGUGUCUCCUCAGAAUCCAUACUCAGCCCAUUCAGAGGCUGAGUUGGCCAGAGCCUGCCCAGCAGUGCAGCAGCGCUUCAGAGGGACUGUGUUUACCAUCAGAACUGUAAACCUGUAUUUAUGUAACUUUUGGUCAUUAUCUGUGGGGUAGGUCUAGUAACAUUUCAUCACUGCCUUGCAAAUCAGGAGCAAGUUGCAGAGCAAGUUCAAGUACCUGCUCAUUUUCAGACAGAAAUUACUAUCAGCCAGUGUCUCUUCUGCUGGGCUAGGUCUUUCUACCCCUUCCAGCAGAAAUCUAACAGUGUAAGGCUGAUUUUGGUUAGCUUGGACUCUGAAAAGGCAAUGGGUACUUCAGAACUAACUUCCAGUUAAUUAAGUCUCAGUUUGCAUACAGUAACUCAAAAACUGUUCUUUUGAAAAUAAAUGGAUGCUACCUUUAAAAUGCAUUAUUGUACCAGUUACUUGUCUUGGUUAAACAGAUUCUGGAUGACAUAUAAGUCUUAACUGU